GUUCUGGGCUACUGAGCUGGGAGCUUUGUGUGAGCCUCAAGGCUCUAUUGUAUGAAUCCAGGGGCAGAAAGAAAUGAGGGCUCUUGACCGUAUGCACCUGGCAGCUGCCUGCUAAGUGCACUGUUUAAUUUAGAAGCAGCUAAAUUGACCAGCUAAAGUUCACUGUUCCCAAAAAGGCCAGGGGUGGGGGAAGAAGGGGUGGAAUUAAUUAAGCCCAGAGGAAGGGCCCUGGAAGGGCGGGGCUGAGGUGGAAGAAAGGAGAACCCUAUAAAUAAAGGGCACACAGGCCGCCCAGGAGUGCACCUUCCACCUCCUCCGUGUGGUCUGCGAGCCGGAGCCGAGCCCGAGGGAGACGAUGGAGCCCGAGGAGUACAGGGAGCGAGGAAAAGAGAUGGUGGAUUACAUCUGUCAGUACCUGCGCACCGUGCGGGAGCGGCGGGUGACUCCUGAUGUGAGACCUGGCUACCUGCGAGCCCAGCUGCCUGACAGUGCUCCCGAGGAACCUGACAGCUGGGACAGCAUCUUUGGGGACAUUGAGCGAAUCAUCAUGCCUGGGGUGGUACAUUGGCAAAGCCCCCAUAUGCACGCCUACUACCCAGCUCUCACCUCAUGGCCGUCACUGCUGGGAGACAUGCUGGCCGAUGCCAUCAACUGCUUGGGAUUCACCUGGGCUUCCAGCCCUGCGUGCACGGAGCUGGAGAUGAACGUCAUGGACUGGCUGGCAAAGAUGCUGGGACUCCCAGACCACUUCCUGCACCACCACCCCGGCAGCCAGGGGGGAGGCGUCUUGCAGAGCACAGUCAGCGAGUCCACCUUGAUCGCCUUGCUGGCGGCGAGGAAGAACAAAAUCCUGGAAAUGAAAGCAUCUGAGCCUGGGGCAGAUGAGUCCUCCCUGAACGCCCGGCUCAUUGCCUAUGCCUCGGACCAGGCCCACUCCUCAGUGGAAAAGGCUGGUUUGAUUUCUUUGGUCAAGAUGAAAUUUCUGCCCGUGGAUGACAACUUCUCACUUCGAGGGGAAGCUCUUCAGAAAGCCAUUGAGGAGGACAAGGAGCGGGGGUUGGUGCCUGUCUUUGUCUGUGCAACACUGGGGACCACUGGGGUCUGUGCAUUUGACUGCCUAUCAGAGCUGGGCCCCAUCUGUGCCCGUGAGGGGCUGUGGCUCCACAUUGAUGCUGCCUAUGCAGGCACUGCCUUCCUGUGCCCCGAGUUCCGGGGGUUUCUGAAGGGCAUCGAGCAUGCUGACUCCUUCACCUUUAAUCCUUCCAAGUGGAUGAUGGUGCACUUUGACUGUACUGCAUUCUGGGUCAAGGACAAGUACAAGCUGCAGCAGACCUUCUCUGUGAACCCCGUCUACCUCAGGCAUGCCGACUCGGGCGUGGCCACCGACUUCAUGCACUGGCAGAUCCCCCUGAGCCGACGGUUUCGCUCUAUUAAACUUUGGUUCGUGAUUCGGUCCUUCGGAGUGAAGAAUCUUCAAGCACACGUCAGACAUGGUACUGAAAUGGCAAAAUACUUUGAGUCUCUGGUCACAAAUGACCCUUUCUUUGAAAUUCCUGCCAAGAGGCACCUUGGUCUGGUGGUUUUCCGUCUAAAGGGUCCUAAUUGUCUCACAGAAAGUGUGUUAAAGGAACUAGCAAAAGCUGGCCGUCUCUUCCUCAUCCCGGCCACUAUCCAGGACAAGCUGAUCAUCCGUUUCACUGUGACGUCCCAGUUCACCACCAGGGAUGACAUCCUGAGAGACUGGAAUCUCAUUCACGAUGCUGCCACUCUCGUCCUGAGUCAGCAUUGCACUUCCCAGCCUAGCCCUCGGGUUGGGAACCUCAUCCCCCUGACCAGGGGCCCCAGAGCCUCGGCCAAGGAAAUGUCCUUUCAGUCUGUCACUGGCAUAGGAGACGACCCAGCCCAGGCCAGGAAGACCAUCAGGCAGCCUCAGCAUGCGGCAGCCAGUCCUGGGGGAGGGGAAGGCUUUCGCCAUCUUGAGACCCUGCUGGACCCACUUGAUGACUGCUUUUCCGAAGAGGCCCCUGACGUCACCAAGCACAAGCUGUCCUCCUUUCUGUUCAGUUAUUUGUCUGUGCAGAAUAAGAAGAAGGCAGUGCGUUCCCUUAGUUGCAACAGCGUGCCGGUGAGCGCUCAGAAGCCACAGCCCGCAGAUGGCUCUGUGAAGAAUGGGGGCUCCUCCCGGGUCAGGAUCUUUUCCAGGUUUCCAGAAGAGAUGAUGAUGCUAAAGAAAAGUGCCUUCAAAAAACUAAUCAAGUUCUACAGCGUCCCCAGCUUUCCUGAAUGCAGCUCUCAAUGUGGGCUCCAGCUGCCCUGCUGCCCUCUGCAGGCAAUGGUUUAGACCUGGAGGUUCAGCCAGAGUCCAUGAAUGUGUUUCAGGGAGUCUCUGAACCCCUCAAAAUUGUUCGCUAAAUUUAUGUGCUUAUGUGUGUGUGCAUUUUUCUUGGGAGAGAGCCCAUAAUUUUUCUCAGAUUCUGUUAAGGGUCCAGGGUAGUGUAUUGACCGGCAGCUUCUGUGAUUUAGCUUGUGACAUGAAAUAUAAUGUGGAAAUAAAUUGUGCUUG